GCAUGCGCUCCAAGAAUUGCUCCCUGUCUCUUCCUGUGCUGCUCUGCCCCGUGCCCCGUUCUCCCUCUGGGCGCCUCACAGAGCAGCUAUAAUGGCUGCCGGGCCCUGCAGCCUCCCUCUGGCGCUGCUGCUCUUGCUGGCGUCCCUGCUGCCUACGAGUUCUUGGGCUUCGGAUGCGGCCGGCGGCGGGGAGGCUCCGGGCUCCGGGGAGCGGUUUAAGAUCGAGGGCCGCGCAGUGGUGCCGGGAGUGAAGCCCCAAGACUGGAUUGCGGGGGGUCGAGUGCUUGUGGACGGGGAGGAGCACGUCGGCUUCCUCAAGACAGAUGGGAGCUUUGUGGUUCAUGAUAUCCCUUCUGGAUCAUAUGUAGUUGAAGUUAUAUCUCCAGCUUAUAAAUUUGAACCAGUACGAGUGGACAUCACUUCAAAAGGAAAAAUGAGAGCAAGAUACGUGAAUUACAUCAAAACAUCAGAAGUUGUCAGGCUGCCAUACCCACUUCAAAUGAAAUCUUCUGGACCCCCUUCUUACUUUAUAAAGAGAGAGUCUUGGGGAUGGACUGAUUUCUUAAUGAAUCCCAUGGUUAUGAUGAUGAUCCUUCCAUUGCUGAUCUUUGUACUGUUGCCUAAGGUUGUCAACACAAGUGAUCCUGAUAUGCGGCGGGAAAUGGAGCAAUCGAUGAAUAUGCUGAAUUCUAACCAUGAGCUGCCUGAUGUAUCAGAGUUCAUGACAAGACUUUUCUCUUCAAAAUCUUCUAGCAAGUCUAGCAGUGGUAGCAGUAAAACAGGGAAAAGUGGGGCAGGAAAAAGGAGGUAGUUGUUUCUUCCUCUCUGCCCCGAACCACAAUUUGCACAGCUCUGUUAUGUGGUAUCAUCUGUACAUUCUGUGGAAGAACAAAAAGCCACUACUGUAACCGUAAUCCAAUAUCAAAUUGGACACAGUACAACUAUUGUGUGUGGUGUAGCUUUUUAACCUAUUUAUGUAUCUUGUUCUUUAACCCGUGAGGAUGUAGCUUCAGUUCUGUUUCUCCAUAUGGUCAGUGCUGAUAAUGAAUGAACUCCUUUAAAGAAAAUGACAUUAAAAAGUUUAAAUUAUGAUGUGCAAUAUAUUAAUGGUUCUUAAAACAUAACUGUAAAAUAUUUGGGAUCGAGACAAAAUAUUCUUUGUUUUUGAACAGGCUUAAUGUUAUGUGUUUUUCUUCUAUAAAGUGUCUAAAUUCA